AAAAACCGAUAAAUUAGCGCGAUUGGGCCAGCUGUCAACGCGGCAGUUGGCAACGCGGUCCGACUGUCAAAGCAAAAUCCGAUAAUAAAAAGUUGUCUCCGCAUUAAGAGAUCACAGGAAUAUUUUCCAGCAUUUCGAAAAUAUGAUACGGGCACCGCUAGUCAAGGCGCUGGGCGCUCUGGGCUCGCCCACACAUCAGAUGGCCAGCCGGGCGGUGCGAACCAGCGCCAUGGUGGCCCAGACACCGGCGAAGGCGCCCGAGAAGAUCGAGGUCUUUGUGGAUGACAUUCCCGUGCAGGUGGUACCCGGCACCACUGUCCUCCAGGCUGCUGCCCAGAUCGGCGUGGAGAUACCCAGAUUCUGCUACCACGAACGUCUUGCGGUGGCCGGCAACUGCAGAAUGUGCUUGGUCGAGGUGGAGAAGAGUCCCAAGCCAGUGGCCGCCUGCGCCAUGCCCGUGAUGAAGGGCUGGCGCAUCAAGACCAACUCGGAUCUGACCCGCAAGGCGCGCGAGGGCGUCAUGGAGUUCCUGCUGAUGAACCAUCCGCUGGAUUGUCCCAUCUGCGAUCAGGGCGGCGAGUGUGAUCUGCAGGAUCAAGCCAUGGCCUUCGGUUCCGAUCGAUCCCGCUUCACGGACAUUAACUACACGGGCAAGCGAGCUGUCGAGGACAAGGACAUCGGACCGCUAGUGAAGACUAUUAUGACGCGCUGCAUCCACUGCACCCGCUGUGUGCGUUUCGCUUCCGAGAUCGCCGGCGUUGAUGACCUGGGCACCACUGGCCGUGGCAACGACAUGCAGAUCGGCACCUACGUGGAGAAGCUCUUCCUUACCGAACUGUCCGGCAAUGUGAUCGACCUGUGCCCCGUGGGAGCGCUGACCAACAAGCCGUAUAGUUUUGUGGCCCGUCCCUGGGAGAUCAGGAAGGUGAGCAGCAUCGAUGUGCUGGAUGCUGUCGGCAGCAACAUUGUGGUCAGCACUCGCACAAACGAGGUGCUGCGCAUUCUGCCCCGUGAGAACGAGGACGUUAACGAGGAAUGGCUUGCGGACAAAUCGCGCUUCGCCUGCGAUGGUCUGAAGCGCCAGCGCUUGGUGGCUCCCAUGGUGCGCAUGCCCAACGGCGAACUGCAGGCCGUGGAGUGGGAGGGCGCCCUCAUUGCCGUGGCCAAGGCCGUCAAGGCAGCCGGUGGACAGAUUGCCGGCAUUUCCGGCCAGCUGGCCGAUCUGGAGGCUCAGGUGGCCCUUAAGGAUCUGCUGAACCGUCUGGGCAGCGAAGUGGUCGCCACUGAACAGGGCUUUGUUGCCGGUGGCACUGAUAAUCGUGCUAAUUACCUCUUGAACAGUACCAUCGCCGGCUUGGAGGAGGCCGACGCCGUUCUCCUGGUGGGCACCAAUCCCCGUUACGAGGCUCCUUUGGUCAACACCCGUCUGCGCAAGGCCUAUGUCCACAACGAACUGCAGAUUGCCUCGAUUGGACCCAAGAUCGAUCUGUCCUACGACCACGAGAACCUUGGCGCCGAUGCCGCUUUGGUCAAGGACGUGUGCUCCGGAGCUCAUGCGUUCUCCAAAGUUCUGGAGGGUGCCAAGAAGCCGGCCAUCAUCAUUGGAGCCGAUCUGUUGGAGCGUGCCGAUGGUGCCGCCAUUCACGCCACCGUUGCCGAGUACUGCAAGAAGCUGAAGAAGCCGAACUGGAACCCCUUCAAUGUGCUGCAGACGAACGCCGCCCAGGUGGGCGCUCUCGAUGUGGGCUACAAGGCUGGUGCACAGACCGCUGUGAAGGCCCAGCCCAAGGUGCUGUUCCUGUUGAACGCCGACGCCGGCAAGGUGACCCGUGAGCAGCUGCCCAAGGACUGCUUUGUGGUCUAUAUUGGAUCGCACGGUGACAAUGGCGCCUCCAUUGCCGAUGCCGUGCUGCCAGGUGCCGCUUACACAGAGAAGCAGGCCAUCUACGUGAACACGGAGGGCAGGCCGCAGCAGACGCUGCCUGGUGUUUCGCCACCGGGCAUGGCACGCGAGGACUGGAAGAUACUGCGCGCUCUGUCCGAGGUGGUGGGCAAGCCGCUGCCGUACGACAACUUGGAUGAGCUGCGUAACCGUCUGGAGGAUGUGGCGCCACAUCUAACGCGCCUGGGACACUUGGAGCCAGCCGGCGAUGCCGGAGCAGCGGGCGCUAUCAGCAAAUCCAUCGGCGGUGGCCCCAUCGAUCUUAAGCUAAAGGAGCUGCGCGACUACUUCAUGACCGAUGCCAUUUCGCGCGCCUCGCCCACCAUGGCCAAGUGCAUAUCGGCGGUCAACAAGCAGCAGCGGGAGAACGAGGCCAAGCAGAGUGUGGCUAUCUAGGCGUCCACCCUCGCGUCUGAUCUAAUAACUAAUUAAUGUUUUUUUUUUAAACUCUGCUCUUCGAACUUUUGCGCCGCCACUCCCCCACUUACAAAACGGACACGAAGACAGCAGGACGCGCCGCAGGAUGAGCCAGCGCAGGAGCGGAAUGAGGAGCAGGUUCGAUAGGCGGCUGCAGAGGCGCCAGCGCUGGGUCAGUUGUAAAUGAAAAAGUCUUACGUUGUUCAAAACAAAGGAGUUAUUCAAUACGAGAAAUAGGAAAACCAAAAUAAAAAAAUGUAAUAGAAAAUA